AUGCCGCCGACUUCUUCAGUAAGUACUGCGCCAACGAGCAGCGUUCAGACAAUAUCAGGCGUGCCGACAGUGAGCGAUUGCGAAGCGAUUCUUUCGCAGAUUUUUACUCAGUCAGGGCUUCCGCUGAAUGGUGCUCAGGUUGCGGCUGCUGCUGCAGUUGCUGGAUUACCAGCUGCAGCAUUUGGGCUGGCCGCUGCUGGGACCGGCGGCUCAUCGAUUCCGAAGCCGUUUAGUGCAAGCCAGGCAAACAGCAGUUACCAGGGUACGAACACCACUGGCCGACGAUCGAAGUAUUGUUCGGCCGAAGAAAAAAAAGCAGUUGCUGAUUACGCCGAAGCGCACGGCCCAAGUGCAGCAGGAAGGAAAUUUGGCAUCCCAACUCCGGUUGCAGCAUAUUAUCAUCGCAAAGAAUACAGAUCAAAAUUGAGUUAUCCGCUUCCAGCACAAAUGAUGCCUCCUGUAAAUGCUGCAUCUCCGGGAACAGCGUCGGGUGAUGAUUUAGACAGCACCAAUGGAGACUGUCAAAAUGGUGCUGUCUCGAGCUCAGUAAAAUGUCCCGCCGGUGCAAGUAUUUCAUCUAAACUUCCAGACCAACAGCCGAAGCUGAAUCCUGCACAUAGUACUGGUAGUCCGGGUUUCUUGCGAGGACGAGGUCGUGGACGUCCCAAGUUAAUUGGCGACGAGUUGGAUGCAGAACUGGUUGAUUACAUGGUUCAAGUAAAACAAUCGGAUCCUCGGGGACAUUUAACGGCUUCGCAGGCAUUAGCAAUCGCACGUGAUUAUAUUCUCGAAAAGGCUCCAGGUCUUCUAGAGGAGCAUGGUGGCCACAUAAAACUCAAACUUACAUGGGCAAUGAAACUGGUUACUAGAAUCAGUGAGCGGCAGAAGGAAAUUGAGCUUGGGCUGCCAGCUGGAACCAUAUCAAAUAUGACAAGUAUGCUUUACCAGUGUUUUUAG